CAAAAUCCAAGAUGGCGUCCUCCAGUGGUAGUGGAAGUUCAAAUUUAAUGCAAGGACUUGACUCGAAAUCUAGAACUCUAAUAGGCAAGAUCGUUGCUCAUUUGAAGUCUCAAGGGAACUUUGAUGAACUGAGAAGAGAUUGCUUAGAAGAACUAGAUAAAAUGGAGUCGUUUCGGCAGCUAAAUCAGCGAGUUGAGAGUUAUGUUGCUACAUUUCUGUCCAAGCAGGAGUGGUCUGAUACGCUAUCAAAAAAUCAGAUUAGAGAUAACUUGCGAAAGCAUGUUUGUGCAUCUGAAACUCUGAAAAGUGGUGCUCAAAGAUUAAUCACGCAAGUAAUAGAGAAGAGGAGCAGAGCAUUUCAAACUCGCUUAGAAGGAAUAGUGCAAAGCUUCAUUUACACUGACCAAGAACGAGAAAAACAGGAGAGAAAGUCACGGUAUCAGAACAGAAAUUCACACCAUCAGGAGCCAAGCAAACCUGAUCAAGAAAAAGCUCCCAGUUCAGAGAAAACAUCAACAAUAUCAGAUGUUAAUGACAUUAUCAGCCAAAUUGAACACAGUGAAGCAGAGUCCUCAACAAAACCCGAGAGUUCCACAAGCAUAAAACCAGAAACAACCACUUCCACACAGCAAAACAAGGGUGAUAUGGGAAAACUGCCAAAGUCUGAAAAGAAAUGUGAUGUUUCUAGUCCAAGUGAGACUUCCAAGAGCACCCCUCCAUCGAAAACUAACCUUACGAAAAGAAUAAACCCUUCAAAAAGGGUGCCUCCAAAAACAGCAUCUCCAAAUCCUUCUUCACCUUUAGAUAAGUUAACAGAGACACCUCCAAGGUCUGCACAUUCUAAUCAGAGUAAUUCAUCGCAUUCAGAAAGCCUCCAGAAAUCAGCUCAUGAAGGACUUAAAGUUGCUCAAGUGCCUAAAAAGAUUGAGGGGGGUGACGCUCCGCCUCACAACCCUGAUGCUACCAAGGAAACUAUAGUUUCUGAAGAUAUUGAGAAGAGUUCACAAGAGACAGAAGUGAAUAUGGACACUGAAAGUCUGAUGCUCAAAGUUGAAGAUGCUGUUGACUCAAAAGAUGAUGUAACAGCAGACAUUUUUGUCACAGAUAAAAUGCAUGAAAGAGAAACUGGUGUUACUCAUGAAAUCAAAGCAAAACCAACAGAGUUUGAUGCCAUUGAAAAUAAAGAGACUGAUAAGAAUAUUAAAGAUGAAGUUGAAGCUUCAUGUGAGGAUUCCAAUGACAGUUCAAACAUUAAAAACCUUUCUCCACAGGAAUCUGACAUUGAUGACUCAAUUUCAGAUGUCAGUUCUGUUCACACAAGUGACUUGUCAUCAUUUGACGGUGAAGUGAGUUCCUCGUCAGAAUCAAGUGAUGAUGAACACAACACAGAAGAAGAAAAACAGACCAUCAAAGGGAAUAAAAAGAUAGAGAAAGGUUAUAAACAUAAAAAUGAAGAUGAAAUGGUUAGCAGUGAUAAGUCUGGAAGAACAAGGGGUAAAGACAUAGUCAAAGGUGAUCAUGUUUCAGGAGAAAACAAACGUGGACGACCAAGAAAGGACCAAAGCAGGUCAAGAAGUGAAGAUAAGUCAACUGCAAGGCGCUCCAGAUUAAGGCGCCAAGAAGAGAAACGGUCAAAGGAUAGAACACAAACAAGGGAUAAGUCAAAAAGGCAAAUCAAAAAGAAACGUUGUUAUUCUCCUAGUAGUGAAGGAACAAGAGAAGUUUGUCUUCCAUCUAAACGAUCUCGUGUGAACUCUAGGGAUUAAACAUUUGGGAAUCCUAUUAAAAUUAUAUUAGCAUUUCGAAAAAUCAUGUAGAACUUUCCAUGUAAGUUGUAUUUUAGCUAAAAAAAGUAAGAAUAAAACUUAAGCAUAGUUACAAGCAAUAUAGUCUGACUGUUUUGACUCAUGGUGUAGGCAUUGGGCAUGCUGCUUUUCUAUACAAAAAAAAUGUAAAUGCACUCACUUGAAUCAAAAUUGAGGGACUGUGUGCAUAUGUAGCUGCAUUUGAUGUUUGCUUUCACCAUACAUACACGACAGAUACCAGUUGGCUUGUACAUGUUCAGUUUCUUAUAUUUACAUUAGGUUUUUACAUCAUAUAAAUACAAUUAAUGCUACAUGUAUUAUUAAAGAUAAAGUCAAGGACAAUUUUAUAUAUUUUAUAUCGAUUAAAACAAGAAAAAUAGUAGAGUACGAACACUUAAAGUGUGCAACGCUAUCAACUAUCGACUACAAAAUAGUCAUACUAAUUAACAAUAGAAAUCAAUAGAAUUAGCAUUAUUUAGUGGAAUUUAUGUUGCACACUUUUAGUGUUUGUACUCUAAUACUCCAUUUUACAGUUCAAGAACCAUUUUUUGAGAGUUUCAAUUUAUAAUUAAGCAAGUUAGCAGACCUUGAAUCUUUGGUUAUAGAUCUUUUUCAUCCUAGGACAAAACAUUGUUUGAACUGUAAAAUUGAGUAAUUGCAUGAUGUGAUAUUACAAAAUAACAAGCAUUCUUGACACAGUAUUUGUCGUAGAGGUAAUGGCAUAAAAAACAUGCAUAAUAAUUAAAAACACUCCGUU